AUACUUUACCUUUGACAGAUCUAGGUAUUCUGCAUUACAUAAAGCUGCACCACCUGCUUGUUCCUUGUUGAGCCUUGCAAGAAAUUACCAGCUGUUAUUUUCUGGUCAAACUACCACUUUGCUUUCGACUCAUAUACCCUUGUUCCAGGGACAGCUUUUCCUCUUCGGUAACAGACCUUGGUGAGCUCAUUCUUAGUUGAUCGAGGGAUUGUGGUUUGUCCACAUCACCUUUUGCAGGCUCCCGGUUGGUGGAAUUGUGGGGUGCUUCCAGUUUGCACCAUAUAUUGGUGGGAGUGUGCUGGGCUCUGAAGGCAUGGGUUCAAACAGUAAUGGCAAUUUCAGCUUUGAGCAGAGCAGUGGGAUGCCUCCUCCUGGUUCAAGCUUUCCCACUGAUGGUGCUUUUCUAGGAUCACAUUCUGCUUCUCUGAAGUCUGCUGCUUGCUCUGCUCUUGAAAUGGUGGAAUCGUUUUCAACUUGUUGGGAUGCUUUGGUGCCUGUAGAAGGCAAUGCUGGUUUUGCUGCACAGAUGCCUUCUCAGCAGCAAGGCUUGCUUUACCCACUGAUCGCUUCUGCACUUGAAAAUCAGCCUGCUGGGAUCAACUUAAUCCCUCCUCAUCCUAGCGUUCCUUUGCUUGGAUCAACCCCUGGUUAUUCUUGCUUCCUGAAUGGAAAAUGUCCCGAUAAUAUAAGCAAUUUCGGUAUCUUGGGGAGCACCAGAGUGUCUACCAUUGGUUCGUCAGAUUACCUACUUGGAAAUCUUAAUCAAUGUAAUGGUAUCAACCCAUCUCCAAGGGAUAGGAUUCAGACUUCUGCCAAAGAUUCUGAAGGCAAUGACCAUGGUAUUGCUGGUCAAGAGGAAGAACAGAAAACAGAGAAUAGGUUUGCAGAUUCGCCUUCCGACAGGAAAAAGAGAAAGAGGAUGCUUGAUGGUGUAACUGCUGAUCCCAACCAUAAGUCUGAUAAUGCACAGAGAAUCGAAUCUGAUCAAUCAAAAGAUACUUCAUAUGUGUCUAACGACUCCGUUAAAACAACAAAAGAACAGACCCCCUGUGGUACUCUCGGUAAGCUAACUGUCAAACAAAGUAAGGAUCAUAGUCAAAACGGUGAUGCUCCAAAGGAAGAUUUUGUUCAUGUAAGAGCUAGACGUGGACAAGCAACCAACAGCCACAGCCUUGCUGAAAGAGUAAGAAGGGAAAAGAUAAGCGAGCGUAUGAGGUUUCUUCAAGAUCUUGUCCCUGGCUGUAGCAAGGUAACUGGCAAGGCUGUGAUGCUUGAUGAGAUAAUUAACUAUGUGCAAUCACUCCAGCGGCAGGUUGAGUUUUUGUCAAUGAAGCUGGCGACUGUCAAUCCUCAGCUGGACUUCGACAUUGAGGGAAUCCUCGCCAAGGAUAUUUUUCGUUCUGGAGUCCAUGGUUCUGCUGUUCUUGGUUUCUCACCUAACAUCAGUCCAUCCUGCCCUCACAUAAGUGGGACUGCUCUGGAAUCGGUGGAUCUAAGAACCGAGACAGUGCAAGGCGUGCAGAACUUUGGGGAACCACUGAGAAGAACUAUAAACUCCAAGCUGUCUGAAAUGGAUAAGGUACCAAAUACCUGGGACUAUGAACUUCAGAAUGCGGCUCCGGGGGCCUUUGUCCCUCCGGCACAUCUAAGUAUUCUGGAACAGAGUGCUAACUCUAAAGUUGACUAUUGAGGCUUUGACAUGCUUAGUGCCUUCUGACAUUAGAUGAGAAAUUUUCAGAGAUCAGAAGACUAUAUGACCAUUAUUGCAUUUGGUGAAAGGUUUUUUUUGGCAGUUUAGGCAUUUCGAAUUUGCAUAUUGCUUUACUGUAAAUUUGAUUAGUUUGGUAGCAAGAAAUGGGACUCGGUGGAUCUGGAUAACAAAAGAAGGUGGUGAUCUGAAAGAGCUGUCGAUUCUACUGAAUCUCCCGGAUCAUUGUUCAUUCUUCGAUUUUUAGUAGAAGAAAUGACGUUACGAUUGACUACAAAUAUGUAUACAGCAGCAAUAGAUAGGACAUAUGUUUCUAGAAAUUGGUUUUAUGUGUGAUAUGGGUUGUAUCUCUUAUGAGUAUUGUAAAUGUAGUAUGUGGUUGUAGUAUUGAUUUAAUCUUUAGUAUUGAUUUUUA